CGAGUGUGUGACAGGCUGGUCUUCUCAUGGAUCUGCGGAGGUCCUCCUCGGCUGUGGAUGGGUGACUCGGGUCUCCUCCGGGAUGAGGAGCACAGCCCGGCCUCCGUCCGUCGCGCGCGUUACUGUGAGCGGCAGCGGUGAACGCUGAGUUGGCGAGUGAUGAUGAUGAUGAUGAUGAAGGUUAGUUUGAGCGCUCUUCUGCAGAGCUGUCUGAUGAUGAUGAUGGUGAUGGUGAUGAUGGUGAGAUGUGGCCAGCUUCACCUCAGAGACUCCGGCGACUGCGAGACACACACCAGACAAAGCGAGCUGAACUCGUUCCUGUGGACGAUCAAGCGAGAGCCGCCCUCGUUCUUCUACGGCACGAUCCACGUCCCGUACACGCGCGUGUGGGACUUCAUCCCGGAGAACUCCAAGCAGGCGUUCCAGCGGAGCGGCGUGGUGUUCUUCGAGCUGGACCUGACGGACCCGUCCACGGUGUCGGGCCUGAGCUCCUGCCAGCUGCUGCCGCCGGGCGAGAUCCUGCAGGACCUGAUCCCGGAUCAGCUGUACCGCCGGCUGAAGGCGCACCUGGAGUACGUGCGGGCUCAUGCUGCCCUCCUGGGUCACGCGGGCCAGCGGGGGCAGGGCCUGUACGCCGAGUACCUGUUCAACGCCAUCGCCGGCAACUGGGAGCGCAAGCGGCCCGUGUGGGUCAUGCUGAUGGUGAACGCGCUGACGGAGGCCGAGGUGAAGAGCCGAGGCGUGCCGGUGCUGGACCUGUACCUGGCGCAGGAGGCGCAGCGCAUGAGGAAGCGGACCGGCGCCGUGGAGGAGGUGGAGGAGCAGUGCCUUCCUCUCAACGGCCUCAGCUUCUCUCAGGUGAUCUUUGCUCUGAACCAGACGCUGCUGCAGCAGGAGAGUCUUCGGGCCGGGAGUCUGCAGGUUCCCUACACCACAGAGGACCUGAUCAAGCACUACAACUGUGGAGAUCUGAACUCCAUCAUCUUCAACCACGACUCCUCGCAGGUGCCGAACUUCAGGAACGUGUCUCUCCCGGCGAGUGAUCAGGAGACGGCGCAGGAGAUCGACAGAUACUUCCGUCAGGAGCUGAUCUACAAGCGUAACGAGAGGAUGGGGAGACGGGUUAAAGCACUGCUCCAGGAACAGCCUGACAGGAGCUUCUUCUUCGCCUUCGGAGCAGGUCAUUUUCUGGGAAACAACACAGUGAUUGACGUUCUACGGCGUGAAGGUUAUGAGGUGGAACACACACCGGCUGGACAGCCGCUCCCCAGGAGGUCCGGCUGGAGGCCAGGAGAGCUGGAGCCGGAGCCGUUCCUCCACGAGAGUCUCCAGGAGCACGAGGAGCUUCUGCUGGCCGAGAGGCUGGAGCUGAUGGAGACGGCGGAGCACAAGCUGAAGAAGAAGCGCAGGAACAAGCAGCGGAAGCAGAGCCGUCGCCAGUUCAACGACCUCUGGGUGCGACUGGAGGACAGUGUGACGGCCGAAGCUCCGCCCCCUCUCGUCCGCAUCAUCAAUGGUUACAUCACUGUGCAGACACACCCACAGGAGCACGGCAGAGCCAAUCACGACAGGACGUUCUCAGGCUCCUCCUCCUCGUGGACAAGCCCCGCCCUCGCGGCUCUGAGUGUUCAGAUUAUCAUACGCCUGCUUUUAUAAUAUCUGGAGUCACACACACUGAUCCUGAACCACUUCCUGGUUCAUUCGGGACAAAUGCAGAAAACUGAAAACUAAACACUUCAAUUUGUUUCUUCAUUUCCAGAAGAAUCAUUUCCAUGUAAAUAUCAGAUGUAUCAUAGAUGUAAUUUAGAGUUUUUAAUAAAGCAUUUUCUUUUUGUUUA